AUGGCGGUCUCCAUGCAGCGGGGCUGCCUGGUUGGGGGGAACGUACUUUGGGCCGCGUUGCUUUGCCUGGGCUGCCGCCUGCUCCUCCCCGCCGGGGCCAGCAGCCUGGGGGUCGCGGGAGGGGCCGCUGCCCAGCCGCACCGCCGCUUCGAGUACAAGUACAGCUUCAAGGGGCCGCACCUGGUGCAGGGGGACGGGUCGGUGCCGUUCUGGGUCCACACGGGCAAUGCCAUACCUAGUGCAGAUCAGAUUCGAAUAACUCCAUCUUUAAAAAGCCAGAGAGGAUCAGUGUGGACAAAAACCAAGUCUAUAUUUGAAUACUGGGAGGUUGAGGUGACAUUUCGAGUGACAGGGAGAGGCCGGAUUGGAGCUGAUGGACUAGCAAUCUGGUUUACUGAAGGUCAAGGCUUAGAAGGUCCGGUUUUUGGGGCAGCUGAUACUUGGAAUGGUGUUGGCAUUUUCUUUGACUCUUUUGACAAUGAUGGAAAGAAAAACAAUCCAUCAAUAAUUGUUGUAGGCAACAAUGGAAAACUCCUUUAUGACCAUCAGAAUGAUGGUUCCACACAAGCAUUGGCAUCUUGUCAGAGAGAUUUUCGUAACAAGCCCUAUCCUGUCCGAGCAAAGAUUACAUAUUACCAAAAAACACUAACUGUAAUGAUUAACAAUGGCUUUACUCCAGAUAAAGAAGACUAUGAAUUUUGUGGUAAAGUAGAAAAUAUGGUACUACCAUCGCAAGGGUACUUUGGAAUAUCUGCAGCAACAGGGGGACUUGCAGAUGACCACGAUGUACUGUCUUUCCUAACUUUCCAGUUGACUGAGCCUGGGAAAGAAGCACCUAUUCCAGAUGCAGAAAUUCCCGAGAAGGAUAAAGAGAAAUAUCAAGAGGAGUUUGAGCAUUUUCAACAAGAAUUGGAUAAAAAGAAGGAAGAAUUUCAGAAGGAUCAUCCUGACAUGCAAGGGCAGCCAGCGGAUGAUUUCUAUGAAACUGUAAGUGAUCGUGAAUUGAGACAAAUCUUUGAAGGGCAGAAUCGAAUUCAUCUUGAAAUCAAGCAGCUUAAUAGGCAGUUGGACAUGAUUCUCGAUGAGCAGAGGAGGUACGUCUCUGCAGUAACAGAAGAGAUUACCAAAAGAGGAGCUGGUAUUCCAGGCCAACAAGGACAGGUCUCCCAACAAGAGCUUGACACUAUUGUGAAAACUCAAGAGGAGGUCCUCAGACAAGUGAAUGAAAUGAGAAAUUCCAUGGGUGACACUCUGAGGUUGGUCAGUGGAGUUCAGCACCCUGGCUCUGCAGGAGGACUCUAUGAAACAACUCAGCACUUCAAUGACAUCAAAGAGCAUCUUCAUAUAGUAAAGAGGGACAUCGAGCAUUUAGUACAGCGAAAUAUGCCAUCAAAUGAGAAACCAAAGUGUCCAGAAUUACCACCGUUUCCAUCAUGCCUAUCUACAACUCACUUCUUCAUUUUUGUAGCAGUUCAAACAGUGUUAUUCAUCGGUUAUAUCAUGUAUAGGAGUCAGCAAGAAGCAGCAGCUAAAAAGUUCUUUUGA